GCGUUUUGUAAUUCUUAAAAUAUCAAACACUCGUCAAAAUUCGUAGACAGUCAAUUCUGAUAACGAACAGCAGCCUCAAAAAUGCCGCCGAAAGUGAAGAAGGAGAAGAAGGAUGUGAACAAGGUGACCCAGGUGGACAGAACCUUCUACGAGCUGACCAUCACGGAUCUCAACCAGAAACUAGCUCGACUGCGAUCCCACGUGACCACCGUCGAUGAGUCCAACAUCACGCUGACCGAGAAACUCAAGGAAGUGGAGGCCGAUGGCGUCGACGUGGCCGCUCACUUGGAACGCACCCUGGCGGAGAGGAAUAACUCGAUCACCGAACUGGAGGAGCGCCUGGUAGAGAUCACCAAGGUGCGGGAUGUGGAGAACCGCGUGGCACAGGAGAAGAUCGGCGACUUGGAGUCGAAAUACAAGGCCAUGCACGACCAGUUGACCUCCGAAAUAAAGCUGCUUAAUGGCAAGCUGAAUUCCCUCGACGAGUUCCGCAUCCAGAGGGAUGUCCUGUUGGCCAAGUUCGAUGAGCAGGAGGCGGAUCUCAAUGAGCGCGAGAAGGAUCACAAGGAGGCGCUCUAUAAUAUGGAACAACGAGCUGUGGUGGAGAAGGAUGCGCUAAAAAAGGAGGUCGAACAGAAGCUGCUGCAAGUUUCCGAGGACUUCACCCGGUCCAGUGAGAUCCGCAACGCUGGCUACACCCGCCGCCUGAUUCGUGAGAACAUAGCCCUGCAAAAGGAGAUCGAUCUACUGGUCAUGUCCCAGAUAAAACUGCAGCAGGCAUAUACCAACCAGAAGUCCAAGCACAAGGAGAUGGAGGAGCAGUACAGUGCCCUCGAUCAAAUCAAAAACGAGCUGGUCCGCAACUCCGUGAACAAGAUCAAAAUCAUUGAGGGUCUGACCAGGAACUACGAGAAACUGAAAGCCAAGUACGUGGAGGUACUGCGCUACAAGAAGGCCUAUGAAUCCCUUCUCCAAGCUGAAAAGUGCGAGAAUGUCAAGCAAAAGGAUGCGGCCGGAAAACUCCGGACCCUGGCCAAGCGAAUGGAGAUUUUGGAUCUGGACAAUCGAAAUCUGGAGGUGGUCCAUGCCCAGCACGAGAUCGAGAUUACUCGACUGCGUGGAGUCAUUCAAGAGAUCAAGUGCACUGUGCGGGAUGCGAUUGUGGCGGAGCAGGCAGCCAAGAAAUUCCCGGAGAGAUUAGUCGAGGCCAAUGUGGAUGAUCCCGCAAUGAUAAAUGAAGUUCGGGAGGAGGCCAUAUCCCUUUGCAAGCUGAAACGCAGCGAUUUGCUCUCCCAGCUUAUGAGCAUCGUGAGCUCCCAUUCGGAGGAGCUUCCGAAGACUCCAUCGAUUGCCUCCAUUGUCAGUGCCACCUCAUCGCUGUAUGCUCCAGGUAAAAUGGGCUUCAUGCCCACGAGACCCAAAGCAACGCCAUUCGACGCCUUCCGCAGCGAGGUCAUCGAACAGGAGCCGGAUCGCACCGUUCCGGAGGAUCUGCAAAAGCAGAAGAUGCAGGAUCGGCUAAUGACCUCGUUGCGAGGUGACGAGAAUACCAUAAUCGAUGUGGAAUUCGGCACUACUCUAUACGUUUCAUCAUCGCGCGAGGACGAUCUCAUUGAGGUGGAGGAGGAGCCACUGGAGGAGCCAGAGGGUUCCACCAGCUCCAUGUCUGUGAAGAAGGCCAGCAGUGAGGGUUCAGUGGCUCCGCCCGAAACCGUACCGCUAGCCGUUUCCGCAUCCUCGAAGGACAUCAAGGGUGCUCCCAGCAUUGGGGCUCUGGACACACUGACGGCCACAUCCAAAAUGACGGGUGUUACCAACGAGGACGAGGGCGAGGAGGAAGGCGAGGAGGAGGACUUCGAUGUGCAGUUCGUCUACUAGAGGGAUAUGAAAAUUGAGUUUACUUGUAGUUCCAAUUUUGUUGAGUCUUGAAUAAAUAUGUGCAAAGUC